AUGGAUGACAUGACAACUAUCACUACCAUAGCACCAUGUACCAAAAGGCUGUUGGAUGAGUUCAACACCAACAUAAAAUGGGCUAGGAUGAAGAUUGGAGCCUCACUUAUGUCCAGUAAUGUUGGCAACGGUUUUUUUAUUGGUCUAGCAGGAACAGGAGCAGCCGGAGGCAUCGCUGUUGGGGGAUUUGAAUGGAAUACAGAUAUCUUUUCGGGGGCAUUGUUCAUCCAGGUGUCAUUGGGCUGGGAUCUCUAUCUGUCCACAAGCACACUGUUGCUGGUCACUGCUGCUUAUACCGUGGCAGGUGGUUUGGCAGCAGGGAUCCUUCAGACUUUGAUCAUAGUUGGGGGAGCCUUUGCACUAAUGUUCAUAGCAUUCUCCAAAGUUGGCUGGUAUGAGGAGUUUGUGAACUGUUAUAUGUCAGCUGUCCCCUCAGUGACAGUCGCCAACACCACCUGCCACCUACCUCGUAGUGAUGCCUUCCGCAUUUUCAGACAUCCUGUGUCAGGGGAUUUACCCUGGCCAGGUCUGGUGUUUGGGCUCACAGUACUAGCUACUUGGGUCUGGUGCAUAGAUCAGGUUAUAGUCCCGAGAUCUCUGUCAGCCAGAUCUUUUUCUCAUGCCAAAGCAGGCAGUGUGUUGGGAGGCUACCUCAAACUGCUGCCCAUGUUCUUCAUUGUCAUGCCAGGCAUGAUCAGCCGAGCAUUGUUUCCAGAUGAGGUAGGUUGUGUGGAUCCACUGGUGUGUCAGAGUGUCUGUGGCGCUUCAGUUGGUUGCUCCAAUAUCGCCUACCCUAAACUAGUGGUAGAGCUAAUGCCUGUGGGUCUUCGUGGUCUGAUGCUAGCAGUGACGUUAGCUGCUCUGAUGUCAUCUCUGACCUCCAUCUUUAACAGCAGCUCCACUCUGUUUACACUGGAUCUCUACCACAGAGCCAGGCCUAAAGCUUCUGAGAGGGAACUCAUGAUUGUUGGAAGGGUGUUCAUCCUGGUUUUAGUGUGUGUUAGUCUGUUGUGGAUUCCAGUAAUCCAAACGGCCAGUAGUGGGCAGCUGUUUGAUUAUAUCCAGUCAGUGACCAGCUUUCUUGCGCCGCCCAUUACCGCUGUAUUCCUAUUGGCUAUCUUCUGGCCACGUGCCAACGAGCAGGGUGCAUUCUGGGGUCUCAUGACUGGACUAGUAGUGGGACUGAUCCGCAUGGUUCUGGAGUUCUCCUAUAUAGCUCCUUCCUGUGGUCAGCCUGAUCAUCGACCUGCUAUCCUGGCUGAUGUCCACUACCUGUACUUUGCUCUCAUCCUGUUAGCUCUCACCUGCCUUAUCAUUGUUGCUGUCAGCUUGGCCACUGCCCCAAUACCCAAGGAACAUCUUUACAGGCUGACCUGGUGGUCCAGAUAUAGCCAGGAGCCUCGCGUCGACCUCACAGGUCCCCAGAUGACUUCUGACCUGAACUCUGACCUCAGCAGUGACUCUGACCAUUUGCCAGAUUCCUGGUGGUGGAGAGCUGCUCUGUGGCUCUGUGGUCUGACUGGUCCAGACUCUGGCACUGCUCCUCUAGCGACUGACAGUGAGCUGAACUCCCUGCAGGAGGAACCUCUCUGGAAAAGAGUCUGCAAUGUUAACGCUCUGCUGCUACUGGCUGUUAAUGUGUUUCUCUGGGGAUAUAUGGCUUAAUGUGCAAGAUUCAUGAAACCUUGAACAAGAUGUUAUCAGUAAGGUUAGUGGUGUACUGGCAUUUGGUCUAAUGUUAAAAAUGAAAUUAAAGCCUUGGUCUAGGGCUCCAGUGGCUAAACCAA